GAGGUUUUGGACUCUCCCAUGGAAGAGGACGAGAGAUCCGUGCGAUAGAGAGGGCUGCGAGUGGAGCGAGAGAAGAGGAGGAGAAGGUUGCGGGUGAGGGAGAAGAGAGUGGAAGAGCAUAUGGCGGCGCACGUUAAUGUAGGCCGCCGGAUGGUGGCUGCGCUGGCUCUGGCGAUGGUGGCCUGCUUAUCGUGCGCUGUCGCGGGGCGCGUCGGCGGGCCGGGAGAGACGCAGCGGUUGGAGGUGAGGCGGCACCUCAAGCGGCUCAAUAAAGUCCCCGUCAAGAGCAUCAAGAGUCCAGAUGGAGAUACCAUAGACUGUGUUCAUGUGUCUCACCAACCAGCCUUUGAUCAUCCUUUCCUCAAGAACCAUACUAUCCAGACAAGGCCAAAUUUCCACCCAGAAGGGUUGUUUGAUGAUAGCAAGGCAACAUCAGAUAAGAAAGCUUCCUCCAUGGCUCAGCCGUGGCAUCAGAAUGGGAGAUGCCCUGAGGAUACCAUCCCUAUCAGGAGAACCACCAGGGGUGAUGUAUUACGGGCUAGCUCCAUUAAAAGAUACGGGAGGAAGAAGCAUAAAAGCUUUCCCAACCCCCUAUCUGUGGAGCCUGACCUUCUUAAUGAGAAUGGACACCAGCAUGCAAUUGCAUAUGUAGAGGGAGACAAAUACUAUGGAGCAAAAGCAACAAUUAACGUCUGGCAGCCAAAGAUCCAGCAAACCAAUGAGUUCAGUCUCUCUCAGCUCUGGAUAUUAGGGGGCUCUUUUGGGCAGGAUCUUAAUAGCAUCGAAGCUGGUUGGCAGGUCAGCCCUGAGCUGUAUGGGGACAAUAACACUAGGCUGUUUACUUAUUGGACUAGCGACGCAUACCAAGCAACAGGAUGCUACAACCUGCUGUGCUCUGGAUUCAUUCAAAUAAACAAUGCGAUCGCAAUGGGUGCCAGCAUCUCCCCGAUCUCCAACUACGACGGUUCGCAAUAUGAUAUAAGCAUACUGGUUUGGAAGGAUCCCAAGGAAGGGAACUGGUGGAUGCAAUUUGGGAGGGAUCAUGUGUUGGGCUACUGGCCUUCUGUCCUCUUCUCAUACCUCGCCGACAGUGCGUCCAUGAUCGAAUGGGGAGGGGAGGUUUUGAACUCAGACCCAGACGGGGAGCACACUUCUACUGGGAUGGGCAGUGGCCAUUUCCCUGAAGAAGGAUACAGCAAAGCAAGCUACUUCAGGAACAUUCAGAUAGUUGAUGGCUCUAACCAUCUAAGCGCCCCGACGGGGGUCGGAUCGUUCACGGAGCAGUCAAACUGCUACGACGUGCAGAACGGAAACAAUGGUGAUUGGGGGCAGUACUUCUACUAUGGAGGACCAGGCAGAAACUCUAAUUGCCAAUAGAGAAACCAAUUGGGAAUCUCCUUUCAUCUUCAACUUUGUAACAUUCAAGCUAAAACUCUCUUUUUGCUCCUAGGCAGUUGGGAAAAGUAGCUUAGUUUAGUGGUUUUGGCAUGCCAAAGGCGAAAGUCGAAGAAGGGGUAAUUUGAUAAGGGCAAUAAUCAAGAGGGGCCUUUUAUUUGUUGAAAUUGCUCUUGUUUUUAUGGUGCAGUAGUUAGACUUUUCAAGUGGUUAACAAGUAUCUAAUAUUAAAUUUUCAA